GUACCUCAACUCAACAUGUCUUGUUUGAUAAAGACCGCUGUUGUGAAGUUAAUCGCGCCGAGUCAAACAGGCAAAAUAGCAGCAUGCACCUUCAUUCAGCACCGCAAUAUCCAAGGCAAGGCUUUGAGGGAGUCCCUUCCUCCGCCGCCACCUAAACCACAUCCUUUCGACUAUGUUAAUAAGGACUACACUUGGUUGAAAAGUUUAACCGAUCGUACGACUCAUAGAAUGGAUGAAAAUUCUAAAGUAGUGAUUGUCGAAGGCCCUUGCGCGUCUGGGAAAACAGACUUCGCGAGAUGCCUAGCCAUUGACCUCGGCAUGAAGCACUUUCCUGAAGCCACAAUGGAUAUUCAUUACUGCCGCCAGGGUGAAGAUUUACGCCAAUUCAACAGCCAAAUCCCUGAAGAUACUAGGACUUUUGACCAUGUUGAUUUUAAUCUCUGUCCAACGCACCGUUUGGCGGGCAACUUCCAAAUUAUGAUGUAUAUUGCUCGCUACAGCCAGUACAUUGAUGCAUUGACUCAUUUAUUAAACACUGGCCAAGGCGUUGUCCUAGAGCGGUCCCCAUACUCUGACUUUGUAUUCCUUGAAGCUAUGCACACAUGCAAGUACAUUAGCCGGGGGGUUCGGUCAGUGUACUAUGAACUGAGGGAGAAUACUAUUGAAGAACUGCUGAGGCCCCAUCUGGUUAUUUAUUUAGAUGUCCCUGUGGAUAAGGUAACCAAGUUUAUCCAAACCCGUGGGUACAAGCACGAAGUGGGUGGACAGGCUUUAACUCAGGAAUUUCUUUGCGAAAUGGACCGUGUGUACAAGAACAAAUAUUUGCGUGAUAUUGCCACACAUGCCGAAUUGUUGGUUUAUGAUUGGAGCGGUGGCGGCAUGGUUGAAGUGGUAAUAGAAGACAUAGAGCGUCUCGACUUCGACCAGUAUACGGAGCGAGAUGAUCCAAAGAUGAAGGACUGGCGUUUCCCACGAGAAGUGGAAUGGGCUGAUCAGAGAAUGAAAUUCACUAACCAGAAACAUUACUUGAUGAACUUAUUUGCAAUCCCUCGUAUUGAUGUCCCCGAGUUAAUUACUUCGCCGGACGAUGACUACGAGCGCAGACAGGUUAUUUAUUCACACCCCAAAUUCGAAUUCUUGGAGGGCUACAACGCGAGAGCUAACGAUACAGGUCUCCUGUUCAAAAACAAGAUGCCUAAAUACACAGAAUACAUGUAAUUAUUUUGUCUGUGCAAUGUAGAACAAUCUUCAUUAAAAUGU